GAAGCUCACUGUGAUGAUUCAAAUAUGUUGUGGGAGUGUCUCCCUCUUUAAACUUUCUGUUUCAUUUCUCUCGUUGAGGCGCAGCAGAGGUACAGAAUAAAGUUAUCAAUGUGCAAAGAAGACUGAAUGGAGAGGAAAAGAGCACGGUUAAGAAUAGAGUCUGAUGAUGAAGAAGAAGAAGAAGAAGAAAAAGAAGACAAAAACAGGAGACCUAGCUUAAGGAUUAGAAAGAAACCCAAAUAUACUGAAGAUGAUGAGGAUGAGGAGGAGGACCGGGACGAGGUUGAAGAAGAGGGUGAAGAAGACGAUGAGCAGCCAGGCCCGUCCACCCAGAACAACCACACACAAGAAAGAUUUUUGAAUGUGACCUGUGGAAACAAAACUGGCCUCCUGGAUAAGGACAAGCUGUACCAGGCUGUGAAGUGUAUCAAGUGUGGGGACAGCUGGUUUUCUCCCUCUGCUUUCGAGGAACUUGGGGGAAAAGGCGCCAAUAAAAAAUGGAAAACAAGUAUUCUCUAUGACAAAAAGCCUCUGAAGUUUUGGAUUGAGCAAGGUCACUUAACCACUCAGGGAUUUCAAAAGACUACAAAGAAAAUGAAAAUCCGAUCAUCAAGUCGCAUAUCAGAGAGCACUUCUGAAGAGUCAGAAAUACAGUCCGCAGAAGAAACUGAGGAAGAUGAUGUUACAGAUGAAGACUGGCUUCCAGGCAGUGAAGAAUUGGUACUGGAGACAGAGGAAGAGAGGGUAGAGCUUGGAAAUAAUGGAGAGGUUGUAGACUUGACAAGAGUUGACGAGAAUAAAGAAGAGGAAGAUGAGGUGGAAAAGGGAGAAAUGGAAGAUGGGGAUAUGCCCGCUGUUGAUGAAAACGACAACAGUGAUGUUGAAGGCAGGGAAGCAAAAUCGAUCAUUUCAACACCUCUGAGGGAAGUAAAAGUUGUCAUCAGAAGGCUUCCAGAGUUUCAGGUACAAACGAAUGCAGUGAUGGAGUAUCCACUAAAAGACAGUGAAGAUGCACAAAAUGAAGAUGAGAGAGCACGCAACGGUUCACCAGUAGAUGACCUCUCCAUCACAGCAUCCGUGCAACUCGAUCACUCGCAUAUGUUGGAGACAUCGACCAUCGGAGGUGAUGAGAAAGAGAAUCAGGAGGGCUUUACAGAAGAUAGUGAACGAGAAGAAGAUGAACAGAGAAAAAUCAAAACUGAAAGUUCUCCAACUCUAUCUGCACGAGCAACCAUGUCCCAAGACAUCAAACCUGAAACUAAGCACAUCGGAUCACUCGGCGAUCACGCUGCCAACCUCUGUGCCUCCCCUGUGCUGGUAGUUACUGUGACAGACACACAUUUGGUUGACAUUAAAGGGGACUGGGAGGAGGGUCAUUGUGAAGAGGUGGAAGAAAAAGAAGGAACGCAAACAGAGAUGGGGCCUGCACUUUUUGAAGACUGUGAAAAUGCUUCUGACGAGCAUCUCCACAUGUCGAGAUCUGACGCCACUGGUCAACCUUUUGCAACUGGAAGUAUCAGAGAUGCCGCCUCACCACAGACAUUUAUUAAGGAAGAAAUCUCAGCAGCAAUGGAUUAUGACCCUCCCACUACAUCCCCGAGUUUGUUGGUUGGAUGUAAAUAUGAGAUGACAGAUGGCACCACCUCUAGCCAUGACACAGCAGAAUUACAAGCGAUGCUCCUAGAGACAGGAGUUCCCCAAAUAAGCCAAGCCUCAGACACGACUCCGUUCCCGGACAUCGUGGAGGCUCAGUCGUCUGGGAGCUCUACCAGCAGUGAUCUGGACACGAUGGACCUCGAUCAGCUGAGGAAGGAGAAAAUAAAGAUGCAGAUAAGAGUGUUGAGGUUACAAGAGAAAUACUACACUCAGAAAAUAAAGGAGCAGAAUAAAUAAAAUAGUUUCGUUGGAGCCUGAUGGUUCAACAAUCCUAAUCCAAUACUUAGAACACUGGGAGUGGAAGAUUUUACUUGCUGUAGACUUGAAACAACAAACACAACCACAUGAAUUUUUGAAUCUUCAAGUUUUGACAGUUUUUGUUUUCUUUUCAUAUUUUGUGGCGUGUCUUCUAGCAACUAUUUUACACUUUGCCUGUUCAAUCAAAUAAAGAAUUGUGUCGUAGUUUUAUACUCUAUAUUCUGAUACAGACUUCAACUUGACCUCAUUCCUUUCGCUCUUUUUGUUACCAUGACAGAAAAUGAUUGUGCUGUAAAUAAUAAAGAUGGUGCCAACACGA